AUGUCUAUUGGCUAUGGUGGAUUGAAAUAUUUGAACCGAGUCCUCCGUUCCAAAAUGAACCGUCAACUAUGGAAUCCAAGUGUUGGCAUUCGCUUCUCCUCAGGUCCGGAAACUAAGGCCCCGCUGUAUCCAAUACUCAAUGUAUCCCGCUACGUCGAGAACCUGACCAUUACCGACGAAGACCUAGCCGUAAAGUUCGAAGGCAAACAUAAGCGCGACGGGACCUCCGAUUCCGCGGCGGGGCCGGAAAUCGCCUGCCCGCUCCUGAGUUUGGAACCGAUCGAGCAUGAUGCACAUAGUCCGCUUCCUGUCGUUGAUGGCGAGCCUCCUGCUGUCGAAGAUGUAGCUCCUGCCAAGAUAUUUGGUCCUCCUUCGACUUCGCUCCCAUACAAGAUCUCCCCAGAACUGUUUUACAAAGCCCGAGACGCCAAAGAAGGGUCACCGGAGUCGUUCUGGUCCCACACGAUGUACAACAUGACCAAGAAUGACGGGACCAAGAAUGACGGGACCAAGGUAAACGUCAAGGUCCAUUACUGCCGGUCAAAACAAACAAUGGAAACCACCUGUCAGAGUUAUUUUCUAGGCGAGAGUUUAUUGGGGUUUGAUAUGGAGUGGCAAGCGUGGGCAACUAAAACAGCAGGGGUACGCAGCAAUGUCGCCCUGAUACAGCUUGCAAGCGAGAGUCACAUCGGACUUUUCCACAUUGCGUUGUUUCCGAAGGAUGAUUUCGUUGCGCCGACGUUUCGAAAAAUCAUGGGGGACCCGAAUAUCAGCAAAGCUGGCGUCAAUAUUCGGGGUGAUUGUACAAGGCUGAAAAAGUUCCUCGGGGUAGAAACUCGGGGGAUCUUCGAGCUCAGUCAUCUCUAUAAAGUGGUCAAGUAUUCACAGGAGCUGCAUCCGCCAAAGUUAAAUAAGACCGUUGUGAGCAUGGCAACUCAGGUAGACGAGUUUUUACACCUGCCAAUCUUCAAAGGUGACAACGUGCGAUCCAGUGAUUGGAGCGUCGCUCUAAAGGAGCGCCAGAUAAAGUAUGCGGCUUCGGACGCUUACGCCGCGGUCCAAUUGUACCACGUUAUGGAAGAGCAGAGGCUGCAACUUGACCCAGUUCCUCCUCGCCCACACCAUGCUGAAUUAGAACUACCUUUGCAGCUUGCAACGAAAGUGGACGAGGUUGAGCAGGAAGAAGUAGUGAAUGCAUCAACCUCUGAUGGGAUGGAGUCGGAAGAAAAAGCGACUCCGUCCACUUCUGAAGCGGCCGAACUGAGCCAGGAGGACGAAAAACGUUCUCUUGUUGGAGAAGCAGCCAAGAAGUUGGAGGAGGAACACGUACCCAAGUCUGUUGGAGCCAAUGAUGCGUCGGUUCAGACUAACCUGGCGCCUUCAACACAGAAACGCUCUCUCCCAGUGAAGCAGAUUGAUUCUCGAAUGCAGGCAGCCGAAUUACGAUUGAACCAGUAUCGUCGUUCCAAGCGCACAGCAGUCCAAGUUGGCCCAUCUUUUCUUCGAGCAUACUACAUCUGGUAUGACAAUGAGAGCUUGAACCCGGAGAAGAUUGCACAGAUAAUGAGAGACCCCCCACUCAAGCUCAAUACUGUGACAGGAUACAUUAUAGGCGCUGUUGCCACUGAAAGACUUCCAUUCAGUACGGAGAGAAUGAGCAAAGAGAUCAUCUCUACUCUUCCUCCUGCUGUUUUGGGGUUGGCCAAGUAUCGCAGGGUUGUCGAUGCUUGCAAGACUGCAUCAUCCGAUUGA